GGUUGAUUAGUUGAUACCCGUCCGUUGCCGAGGGUAGAUCGUUGCGAGCUGCGUCGUCUCCUGUGUGUGUUUCUACGCUGCGUAUUCGCACCGCGUACAAUUCUACCGUGCUCCCGAACACCGUCGAGCGUUCUUAUUGUACGCCGGUGAAUCGUGCCUCGUUUCUCUUUUCUGUGUUCUCGCCCGCCCUUUUUUUGUGUAAACGAGCCCACGAAACAGCGAGUGUGUUUGACGACUCUCGAGAGGAGGAAAGUGACCAGUGUGCAAAAGUGGUGUGUGCGACGUCGACUAUACUUGGGUUUCCCUUGUGUUUUCGGUUUCUUGUUUCUCUCUCUCUCUCUCUCUCUCUCUCUCUCUCUCUUUCUCUCGCUUCCUUUCGCGUUCUCUCGACUUGUUGUUGGCUCGACGCCACUUCCUGCUUUACGACAAUUUUUGUUGUUGUAUCGUUCCUUCUCGUUCGGUUCUGAUUGUUCUUUCCUCGAGACCAGUGAAUAACAGUGCGUACAGGCUAUGACCUGGGAUACCGUUGGAUAUACCUGAGGAUAACGGAGGACAUAUCCAUUACUCCUGGCAGGACUUCGUCGUGACGGAAGGGAGCCAACAUAACCUCUUCGAAGGACUCUGACGAUAAGAUGUACCCCAGUGCCGGUAUAAACGCGGCGGCAGCUGUGGCUGUGGCAGCUGCGGCACGGCACCCGGGUCCACCGCAACCGGGCCAGCAAAUUAAAUUCACUGUCGGAGAGUCCUGCGACAGGAUCAAGGAGGAAUUCAAUUUUCUACAGAACCAAUGUCACGCGUUGAAACUUGAGUGCGAGAAACUGGCCACGGAGAAGAUCGAGAUUCAACGACAUUACGUGAUGUACUACGAGAUGUCCUACGGCCUAAACGUGGAGAUGCACAAACAGGCUGAAAUUUCGAAGAGACUGAACGCCAUCAUCGGCCAAAUCCUGCCAUUUCUAUCACAAGAACAUCAACAGCAAGUCGCGAGCGCCGUCGACAGAGCUAAACAGGUCACUAUGACGGAGCUGAACUCCAUAAUAGGGCAACAGAGACCCGACAUAUCGAGAUUAUUGCAGCAAAUGCAUGCUCAACAACUGCCAGCAGGGACACCGUUAGGUGCUCAUCCUGGACUACCCGGACUUCCGGGACUAGGGCCAGGUGCUGGACUUCCGGUGCCGACUUCCGCAUCGACGGCUCUUCUUGGUCUUGGCCUGACGCCGGGAGCUGCCACAGCACCCGGUACAACGGCGGCACAUCCGCUUUCGAUGCUCGGUAAACCGGAACUGCAUCGUGGCCAGCCCGACGAUUUAAAGAGCAAUGGCGGUCUCAGCUCCACCGAGGAGAGACACAGGAGUUCGAUAUCGCCCGGUGAUAAAUACAGUCGGCCCCGAACACCGCAGGAGACCCACCAUUCCCACCAUUCUCAGAAUCAUCACGACCACCCUAUGCACAUCAAGAAAAUGAAAAAGGAACAGGAUAAAGACAUCGGCCACAGCGACGGCGAAAAAAGUGAUCAGGACCUGGUGGUGGACGACGCCAGCGAGGGACCAACCAGCCCAGUGGUAAACGGAACGACGUCGCCCCGGGAGAACGGGCUGGACAAGGUGCCCGCCAUGAGCGCCAGCAUUCAGACGAAAAAAGACGUUCCGCCCCACUCUCCUAGAAGUGGGACGAGCAGCAACGCGAGCACCCCGUCCGCGAAGAAGAUGGAGGAUCGGGAGAAGCCAACCACACCGAUCUCGAAGCCUUUGACGCCUACCUCUGGCUCGGCGAUCGGCGCAGCCGGUCUGAAACCCUCGGGUUCGGGGAAACUACUUCAGGGGCCGCCGCCUCCCGGUGUGCCGAGCGCCUAUCUCCAGCACUAUCCUCCCGGGCCUCCGUCUCACCAUCUGGCACCAGCUGGCCAACAUCCUCACGUCGACAUGAUGGGCUAUAACGGCUACGUGGCGCCUAGAGCACCGCCUUCGCAGCUCUACGAUCCCCACGUGGCCAUGAGGACUCCCAUGGGAUCGGUCGGAGUACCCGGAGGCAAACCUGCGUACAGCUUCCACGUGUCGAGCGAGGGCCAGAUGCAGCCGGUGCCCUUCCCACCGGAUGCGCUGAUCGCGCAGGGGAUACCGCGUCAUGCGCGGCAAAUUAAUACCCUCAGUCACGGGGAGGUCGUGUGCGCCGUCACGAUCUCGAAUCCGACCAAGUACGUGUACACCGGCGGCAAAGGAUGCGUCAAGGUCUGGGACAUCGGACAGGGCGGCACAGGAAGCACCAAGUCGGUAUCGCAGCUCGACUGUCUGCAGCCUGAUAACUACAUCAGGUCGGUGAAGCUGCUACCGGACGGCAGGACCCUGAUAGUCGGCGGGGAGGCUAGUCGACUCAGCAUCUGGGAUCUGGCCAGUCCGACGCCGAGGAUCAAGGCCGAGCUAAUCUCUUCUGCCCCCGCCUGCUACGCGCUGGCGAUCUCGCCGGACUCGAAAGUCUGCUUCAGCUGUUGCAGCGACGGCAACAUCGCUGUCUGGGAUCUGCAAAAUCAGUCUUUGGUCAGACAGUUCCAAGGUCACACGGACGGCGCGUCUUGUAUCGACAUAUCCGCGGACGGGUCGAAGCUCUGGACCGGUGGACUGGACAACACGGUCCGCUCGUGGGACCUCCGGGAAGGCAGACAGCUCCAGCAACACGACUUCACCUCCCAGAUAUUCUCCCUCGGCUACUGUCCCACAGGGGAGUGGCUCGCGGUCGGCAUGGAGAACUCGAACGUCGAGGUGCUGCACGCCACCAAGCCGGACAAGUAUCAACUGCAUUUGCACGAGUCCUGCGUCCUGUCGCUGAGAUUCGCGUCCUGCGGCAAGUGGUUCGUCUCCACCGGCAAGGACAACCUGCUGAACGCGUGGCGCACGCCUUACGGAGCUUCGAUAUUCCAGUCGAAGGAAUCGUCGUCGGUGCUCAGCUGCGACAUAUCCGCAGACGACAGGUACAUCGUGACAGGUUCCGGUGAUAAGAAGGCGACCGUCUACGAGGUGAUGUACUGAACGGGGCCGUGACCGCAACCGGAAGACGGACUGACUCGCUCGAGAAGGCUCUCGACGGCGUGGGUGUAUAUAGUUCUUAUACAACAUUAUGAGAGACGUUUGUUGCCGUUGUUCUUGUUAUUGUUGUUGUUGUUACUCUUGGCGAGGCAAUGAUCGACGCGAGAACGAGCCGAACGAACCCGGGAACGUCGUUUCUGUUCACCGGCGAGAACGUCGGGUGCGCGCGCCGUCCGCGACGCUGCCGAAAAAAAAGAAGAAACGGAAUCGGAAUCGUUUAGUUAAUAAUCGACGAAGAAACGUUAAGCAAUCGCUGAAUCGACUGCGUGGGAAUCGUUUUAUUUCCUGACCGAAUUGAUCUCUUAAUAUGCCGGGACCGAUCGAGUUUCCCCAAGAUAAAUAUUUUUCGCCGGCAGUCUGGGAAAUCAGUUUCGUUCCGCUCGUUGCGCGCAUAAAUUUCCUCCGGCGGCGAGACCGCGUGUUAAUUAGAAUAAACGCUGGCAUUCGUAAUCGCGUUUCUCCCCCCGCCCACUCCCCCCCGGGUCUCUAAGGCCGCACCACCCCCCUUGUACAUUUUGUAUAUACGUAUACAUAUUAUAUGUAUAUAUAAAUAUUAUAUUUCAGUCUUUAAGCAUACCGUCAUAUUUUUCUACGUCCCCUAAAAGUGAGACGAAAGGCGAGCUAAUGAAAUGAAUUGUGUAAAUAUUGUCAGGCUUAGAAGAUAUAAGAGAAUCGAGACGGGAGAAGAUUAAAUAAAAAGUGAUACUCGAGAUUAA